AUGUCUCGUCAAACUUCAAGACUCGAUGCGAAGAAAGUGAAUUCUGAAUUAUUAACACUUACGUAUGGAGCAUUGGUGUCACAAAUGUUGAAAGAGAUAGAUAAUCCUGAGGAUGUCAACAAACAAUUGGAGCGCAUAGGUUACAAUAUGGGCGUACGACUUAUCGAGGAUUUUCUAGCACGGACACCUUCAACACGAUGUCUCGAAAUGAGGGAGACUGCUGAUAAGAUACAACAAGCUUUCAGAUUAUAUUUAAACAUGCAGCCAGUUGUAACAAGUUGGAGUAGUGCCGGUGAUGAAUUUUCAUUAGUAUGGGACCAGUGUCCGUUAAGUGAGUGGGUUGAAAUGCCCAACAAUGGGCUUAAGUACUGCGCUUUGAUACCCGGAGCUAUUAGAGGUGCUUUACAGAUGGUGCAGCUAGAUGUGCAGUGCUGGUUUGUGCAGGACUUACUUAAAGGUGAUCCUAUCACUGAGCUGAGAGUGAAGUAUAUAAAGAGAUUAGAAGACGCAGUGCCCGCCGGAGAAGAUUAA